AUCCCCUACCCCCGCAUCCCAAAGAUACCAAAAUCCUGCGAUGCUCACCUUCCUUAUGUAAAAUGGCUUAGUACCCUUAGCCCUCCACAUCCGCAGAUACAGAGGGCUGAAUGUCAUCAAAGACAGUUCUUGGAAAUAGGAGGAAUUGUUCUUAAGGAUGAGGAGCCAUUGUCUGUGAUGAUACCAAGAGGGUGGGAAGGAACAGUUAGGGGCUGACGUCACUUGGAAGAGAGGUAGAGAGGAACAGCUAAUGGGGACAAGGACAUGCAAGGGCCACACUGGAAAAUUCUUUUAGUGUCUCUUGCAGGGACCAAAUACAAACCCAGGUCUUCUGACUCCUGGUCAGAGAUCUUUCCACUUCUCGUAGAUGCCCCAACCUUCUCCACUUUGGUAGGUGAUUGAGGAAGAACCGUGAGUAUCCUGGACCCAACCAUGGAAGAGAGGUUGAGAUAAGUAGACCUGGACAGCAAAGGCAAAAAAUUGGAAGAUUUUACAAUUGUGUCCUAAGGAUGUGAUUUAUCUUCAGCUGGACUGGGGCCUGCAGGAGUUGAGUCCUAUGUAUUGCUGGCCUGCAGCUGCAAGUGAAGGGAAUUCUGCUACUGGAGACUGAGAAAACUCAAGGACCUCCACGCUAAGGAGUUCCAUUUCCUGAUGGUUUGGCUCUGGAAAUGCCCCUGUAUCAGUAAUUGUUUGGCUCUUAAACUCUUCUGAGCGUGAAUCUCAGAUUUUUCAGCUGCCUCCCUGGGUGGCUAGACCUGUGGCCUAUUGGACCUCUCUCCCCAAGAGGCAAUGGGCCCAGUGCCCAGGCUGCUCAGAGACCGGGUAUAUCAGAGCUUUCAUUUUUCCUUGCUGUGCCUUUAAGAGCUGCAGGAAUGCAAAGAGUCUGGAGGAGGGGUGGGGUCUCCCAAAGGGAUUUCUGGGGAAAAGGAUCCCGGGAAUCUGGGCCAGAAACUAAACUGAGUGAGAGUCCAACUCUGAAAAGCUGGGGGUGGUGUGUGUGUUGGGUCAGGCCUGGGAUUGGACUGCAGAGUUCUCUAGGGAGGAAGAAAACAAAAGUAAAAAGGAAAGAGCUGGGGAGAGGGGAGAGGCCCACCCCGCCCCCUAUCCCACCCCUAUGCACACUCACCCAGGCCUGGAAGAGGGGACAGCCACUAGCCUGCAGAGGGUCCGUGUGUGUCAAAGGUGAUAGUGACAGAUGCUGGACCCAGGGAGACCUCUACCCCAAGUCGGCCUGCAGGGCCUCCGGAGACUGACUUGCCAACAGCUGGACUUGAUCACCAUCUUGCUGAGCAAGAUCACGCAUCUGAGGGAGUAACUAGCAGGCUUUGCUGUCUGGCUGUUUUUGGAGAAUUUUUCUCAGCAGCGGCUAGAAAGCAGGAGACCACCCCCUGGACCCUUGAGCCUUCUUCGAGAAGCAACAGCAGAAGAGAUUCCCACCCUGGGUGGUUUGCAGGACCAUGCUGGCUCUUAGGCGAGCUUCUGCUUUCAGCGUUCUGAUCCUCACGGCCUUUCUGCCCCUGCCGCAGUUCGCCCAGGACCCGGCCAUGGUGCACUACAUCUAUCAGCGCUUUCAAGUCUUGGAGCAAGGACUGCAGAAAUGUACCCAAGCAACGAGAGAAUACAUUCAAGAUUUCCAAGAGUUCUCGAAAAACAUAUCCGUUAUGCUGGGACGAUGUCAGACGUACACAAGUGAGUACAAGAGCGCGGUCCAUAACCUGGCCCUGAGAGUCGAACGUACCCAGCGGGAGAUUGACUACCUGGAGUACCUGCGGGAGGCUGAGGUGUGCACAGAGUCAGAGGACAAGAUGCUGGCAGAAAAGCAAGUCCAAGGAGCUGAGGAGGAGAAAAGGAUCCGAACACUGCUGAAUGCAAGCUGUGACAACAUGCUGAUGGGCAUAAAGUCUCUGAAAAUAGUGAAGAAGACAAUGGACACAGAUGGCUCUUGGAUGAAAGAUGCUGUCAGAGACUCUCCAAAAGUUUAUCUCUUAAUUGGAUCCAGAAACAACACUGUCUGGGAAUUUGCCAGCAUACGGGCAUUCAUGGAAGAUAGCACCAAGCCAGCCCCCCGGAAGGUGAUCCUAACACAUUCCUGGCAGGGGACAGGCCAAGUGAUCUACAAAGGUUUCCUAUUUUUUCACAGCCAAGGAACUCCCAAUGAGAUCAUCAAAUAUAACCUGCAGAAGAGGACCGUGGAAGACCGAAUGCUGCUCUUGGGAGGGGCAGGCAGAGCCCUGGCCUACCCGCGCUCCCCCUCGACAUACGUUGACCUGGCUGCGGAUGAGCACGGGCUCUGGGCCAUCCACUCAGGGCCAAGCACCCACGGCCAUUUGGUUCUCACGAAAAUUGAGCCUGACACACUGGGAGUGGAACACUCAUGGGACACUCCAUGCAGAAGUCAGGAUGCUGAAGCCUCAUUCCUCUUGUGUGGCGUCCUCUACGUGGUUUACAGUUCUGGUGGCCUCGGCCCGCAUCGCAUCACUUGUGUCUAUGAUCCGCUGGGCACUGUCAUUGAGGAGGAUCUGCCCAACGUGUUCUUCCCCCGGCGGUCAAGGAGUCACUCCAUGAUCCAUUACAACCCUAGAGAUAAGCAGCUCUAUGCCUGGAAUGAUGGAAACCAGAUCAUUUACAAACUCCAGACAAAGAGAAAGCAGCCUCUGCAGUGAUGCGUUGCAGCCACGAGGGAGAGCGCCAGGGAUGCUGCUCUCCAGGAGACGGAAGCCACAGCCCCUUUGCAAUACAGAAUCCCUCUAAUCGCACACAGGGAUAGGGGCUGGAAGUGGGAAUGCGCACGCGUCCUUUUCCAGAUGGUACUGCCUUCAGUAUCUUGCAAGAGCAUAGAUGAGAGUCUGUCAUUCAGGAAUUUUCAACAACUUCCAUUACCCAUCCAAACCUCCUGGAGCUCAAGGCCUUCCACAUUCAGAUCCAGUUUACUUCCAGCCUUUUCUUUUACUAGCAUUUACUCUAACUCUCCCCGCCCCCGCCCCCCAGCCAUUAGAAAUGUAAGCCACCCCCUAAUACUCCUGGCUUCUCUCCCCUCUGGCCUUUGCCCAAAUCUCUUUCCUCUUUCACAAAUGCCUACUGAUAUUCUUCCAUUAUUCACUGCCCAAAUAAAGUACUAUUUCUUAUUGAUGUUUAAUCUCGGUUUCCCCUGGUUCUGCCCCUUCACCAAGCCAGGUGGAUGUCAUAAUAAAGUGAAAACAUUACCAUUUGAAUACCAGUUUCCAGUUACAAAGUGUCUGCACCCAUGUUACAAGUCGUCUCACUCUUAUGAGAUAGUCAGGACAAGUCUUUAUAGAGGAGGAGGGUUCAGGUGGGCCAUUCAAAGUAC